UCAGCUAAUUUAAUAUCUCCUCUGUAAGCUCUUGAAAGAGAAGCUAAGAUUGAUUUUUGAUUGCACAAGGAGCAUGGCAGGAACUGGACCGAUGAGUCAGGACUGGGAGCCGGUGGUGAUCCGUAAGAGAGCCCCUAACUCUGCCGCCAAGCGCGACGAGAAAACUGUCAACGCCGCUCGUCGUGCCGGCGCCGAUAUCGAAACCGUCCGAAAAUACAAUGCUGGAACCAACAAGGCAGCUUCAAGCAGCACUUCCCUCAACACAAAGACGCUUGAUGACGACACUGAGAACCUUACUCAUGAGCGUGUCCCUACUGAGCUAAAGAAAGCCAUUAUGCAAGCCCGCACUGAGAAGAAGCUAACUCAGUCCCAACUUGCUCAACUCAUCAAUGAGAAGCCACAAGUGAUCCAAGAGUAUGAGUCUGGUAAAGCUAUCCCCAACCAGCAGAUCCUUUCUAAGCUCGAGAGAGCUCUUGGUGCUAAACUCCGUGGUAAGAAGUGAUAUAUGAUCAUCAACUCCUCAAUCUCAAUUUGCAGUUUCACCUUUCCUAACGACAUUCACUGCUUUCAUGCUUCCUUUCUUGUAAUGUCGUGAACUCUGUCAAGAGUAAUCUUUUUUUUUUCAUGUAAGAAAGAUCAACAAUUGAACCUUUGCUUGAUGUAUCACUCUUUCCAGAAACAUAUAUAUCAUUAUAAAAAAAUAACACACUGUUUGGUAAUA